GCAUGUGGCAGCAGCAGCCGGUGGAGCCAUCAUGUCAAAACACGAGCAAAUUCUCAUUCUCGACCCGCCCAUCGAGCUCAAAUUCAGAGGUCCAUUUACAGAUGUUGUCACUACAAAUCUCAAACUGCGGAAUCCAUCUGAAAAAGUAUGCUUCAAGGUGAAAACUACAGCUCCUCAACGUUAUUGUGUAAGACCAAACAGUGGCAUCAUUGAACCUGGAUCCACGGUCACAGUCUCAGUAAUGUUGCAGCCAUUUGACUAUGACCCGAAUGAAAAGAGUAAACACAAGUUUAUGGUGCAGACGGUAUUUGCUCCACCAAAUAUAUCUGACAUAGAACUUGUGUGGAAAGAGGCAAAACCUGAUGACCUUAUGGACUCAAAGUUGAGAUGUGUGUUUGACAUGCCACAUGAACACGAGAAACCGGCACAUGAAGCAACCAAGCUUUUUUAAACUUUGCCUGGAACUGGACACAAAAUGGGUGGCAGUUCUUCCAUGGAUGAAACAGAGACAAGGAAGUUAAUGGAGGAGUGUAAGAGGCUUCAGACUGAAAUGAUCAAACUGUCAGAUGAAAAUCAGCACCUUAAAGGUGAAAGCUUAAGAUUGAGGAGGCAAGCAACAGAUAAAUCCGCCAAAGCAAUGGUUCAAUAUCAAGGCAACCCAAUCCCAUCGCUUUUUUUUGUCAUUGCAGCAAUUUUCAUAGGAUUCUUUUUAGGGAAAAUCAUCUAAAUUAAAGCAUGCAGUGCUGUCACGUUUUUCCUGUUCAGAAAAAGUUGUUUAUCUACCAUAUCAUUGGUAGCAGUGGUCCAAAAUGACCAUUUUGUGUACAGCAUCAAUGUAGGGCUCUGCCUUUAACACUCACAGUUAGAAAAACAAAGUAAAAAAGAAACAAAAACAAAAAACUGUUUGGCUAUGGGACUAAAUUGUAUAUUAAUGCAUCAACAGCAGGUGUGUCCGUUGCACAUUCAGUACUUUAUGGGGGGAAAUAGUCAUUGAAGAAUUCUUUAUUUCUGUGGUUUUAAUAAGAAUUUAAAUAUGUUAAGUCUUGUAAAUGUUAUUUUAAUCCUUUUUUAAUUGUUUCUGUUGCUAUUAUAUUUUGCAAUUUCUUGAGAUUUCUUAUCUUUCAGGUACAUGACCAGUAUCUUGGAAUGAUCUCUUCUAUCUGUUCAUUUUAUGAUCAAUCUACUGGCAGUUUCAAAUUCUUCGUAUGAGAUUUUUUUUAUUUUUGUUAAAUUCUUGUUCCAAAUUAUGUCCAGUUAUGUUGAACAUUAAAGAAAAUAAAACCAGUAAAAUUAUAAAAAAAACCA